AUGUCUACCACUACCACCGCUGCCGAAGACGAUGACACACCUGUGCCAACAGAUCCGACCAGAAAAUUGCCCCCAUAUGUGCGUCAGUAUCGGCGCCCGAUGUCGGACACCACGUGUCCUAAAGUGACUCCCGAUGUCUGUUCCGUCGAAGAGCGACAAUUGCGCCGAUUCUUCAAGUGUACCAAAUUUUGUCUCACGUCCGGCAAUAAGAGUGGCCAGUGUUUCGCCACCCGUCACACCGAACGGGCCUUUGAACGCCAUCUCCGGUCAGAGCAUCCGAAGCAACAGUUUUACUGUUGUUAUUGUUAUCCCACUAUCAGUGCCGACAAGAAGAAGCUGUUAUCUGUUGUCUAUACAUUGGAUCAACUCUUUGCCAAUGCGUUUGUAUGGCUAUAUUCAGUAGCCGUUGCGGUGGUUAUGAUCGAAGACGUGUACGACUGGCAGAAGCUGAUCCGGCAUAUGAUCGCUGAGCACCAGCACCGGACCUAUCAGUGCAAUCUGUGUCUGUAUCGGGCGGUGACCGCCGAACACGUGAACCUUCACCAGUCGCUCAUUCAUCCGCAUAUAUACGACACUUCGGUCAACAGUACCCGUCAAUUGGGCGGCAAAGCGUGUCGUAUACUCCAGUGUCCGGCCGUGGAUAUUGUCGAUCGGGCCGAUAGCGUACCGCUGGGCACACCUGUGCACCACUAUCUACGGUGGAAGACCCGCCGCCAUAACAAUAAGCCGCCCCUUCAGCGCCACCACCAGUGCCUGUACUGUCAGUUCGCCGACGAAUCUCAGGACAAAGUCCGCGACCACGUGUGCCAAACACAUCCCGAUUACUAUCUACUCUACUAUACCUGUGAUACCGAUAGCAACGCAACUGAUCCGCGAACGCCGCCAGUGGCGCAGCAAUUGUCUGAAAUAGACAUAUUCCAAUCAAAUCAAUCAAAACCCGGUAUACAAGUGAACCGAAUAUCAUCGACAGAAACGGAUCAGAUGUCGAGCGCCAGGGAAUUGGAGGCCCCGACGGAAGAGUUGAAAUUCAAGAAGAAUAAGGAGAGGACAUCACACGUCCAGUCGUCGCAACAGAAACGCAACGCUAACCUCAGUACCCGUGUAACUGAUCCAAUUGAGGCGCCAUUUGUGCCCCGGUAUACCAAUCGCGGCGCUCAGGGGGCGGCGGCCACCGCCAUAGCCCUCAGCGGCCGUAAGCCUAUGCCGAAGUCGAAGACACCGCAAGGCAUACAAGACUUGGCCCAACGGAAGGCGGAGAUGGAGCGCCGACUGGAACAGAAGUCACGGCUCGAACAGCAGCGGUGCAACCAAUACAAGUCCGACGACUCCGACGAUGACAUCCGUCGACCGGCGCCACGACAGCGGCCACCGCCGCCUCCCAGAGUGGUCGCACCGCCGCCGAAGCCACAGCCGCGACCGACAAUCACUCCGAGACCGGCCGUCCAGCGACAGGUGCCGCCCGCGGCCGCCCAACUGAUCAAAAGCCCGCCAAACAAGCAGUGGUUGUGCCGUCUCUGUAAGGGUGACCGCCAAGAGGUGCCCAAAGACGACUGUCACGACCACAUCCGGCGCUAUCAUCUGCGGCGCCUGAAGGACCGGACAGUGAGAAACGCGUGGUAUUGUAUGCAUUGCAGCGAUUUUAUCGCCACUGUAGUGGUGGAAGUGAUGACACACCAGAGGUCGUGUCCGAAAAAGCCUUAUGGUCUGAGCGUUGCCAACAAAACUUGCCUCAGACUACUGGUGCCCGACAAUCGAUCGCCCGAUGAGAUCGCCAGAGCUAACGCCGUGUCCGCCGCAGCCGAACCUAAGUCUAAGCAAAAGCCUACCUCUUCUGACCCGAAGCCUAUAACCAAACCAAAGCCCGUGGCCUCUGAACCACUCACGCCUAAGCAUAAGCCAAAGCCCAUUAUCACUGAACGCCGGUCACCGCCUCGCAAGUCGGUAAAAGUGAAGCCCAAACCCAUAAGUUUGCUGUCGACGAGCAGCGGCAGCGGCUGGUCGUCCAGCGACGACAACGACCCGCGGCCGUCGACCAGUCGGUCUGCACCGCUAAGAAAACGCCACAAAUCUGGUUCACUGUCGCCGCCGCAGCGCAAACGGCAAGCGUCCGGUUCGCUGUCGCCGCGCAAGAGGUGCUCACAACGGCCGGAGACGGCGCCGCCUUCGGUGAAGAAGUACUUACAUCUGGACAGCGAACCGAAGCGGAGUUUCAAUAGGCGCGGAUCGGACGACGAGUUCAUUAACGACGACCCGGACAGCGAUGUGGACGUCGCGGCCAUCAAACGCGAUACGAGUCAACAGUACCGCAAGACCACAACCAUAGCCGUGGCGUCCAGUGAUGAGGACAACGACCAGUCCAUCACCAAAGAUAGGGACACGAAAUUUGUCUGCUUUUUCUGCCAUAAAGUGAGACGCGGUUACAAGAAAGCCGUGGACCACUUGGAGACCCACUUCCCGGACAUUGUCGACAACACCGACGACGUGAAGGACUCCCAAGCGGUGAAGACGUGGUGCAACCGAUUCCUCAACAAACAGGCCGACGGCCGGCUGUUCGUCGAGUUGGCCACCGAUGAUCGGGACACUCACGGCCGCUAUCACUGCCCGGUGUGCGUCAAGUUGGCCGCGCUUCGGGACACAGCGGCCAAACCGUUUGAACGCUACAACCUAUUCAAGUCGCACGUGUAUCAGCACUCGCGUUGGGAGCCCGUCCAGUGUUUGCUGUGCGCACCGCAAAACAAGUCGCUGCCCAAUCACGACCACGACAUCGCCCAACACCUCAACGAACACCACUACCAAUCGCUGUCCGACUCCGGGAGCGAACACUUGCGUCUACUCCGGGGCAAUAAAGUGUGGCACGGUUUCAGCGCCGGCGCCCGUCAAGCGCUCGUCGACCGGGAGUUUGUGGCGUUCGGUCGGCACGAGAUUAUCGACACACAGAUCGAGCGCUUCCUGAAGGCGGCCGCCGACGACAACGAAGAGUACCUCCGGAGCGUACAUAUGGCCGACGAGGUUCAGGACAUGUUGCCGGCGAUUCCGCUGAGCCGACUCCCGGCCAUCAAUUACGAAGACGAGGAGAGUGUACGCGAUUGGAUGGCGGCUGAGGUUCCCGGCUAUACCCGGCAGCGGAUCCGACCGUCGGGUAUAGUGUUGGACGAGAGGGAGCUGUCCAGCGGUCCCGAAGAUCUGGGCGAUGUGUACGAAGUGGACGCCGAAGAUGUUGUCCCCGAAGUGGUUCCAGAAGUGGUUCCCGAAGUGAUUGCCGUCGAAGUGGAGGAACAGCCGAAGCGAAAGCGUAAACACAAACGUAUAUCACUGCUGGACAGCGACGAGGAAGUGCUCAGUGAUCUCGAAGACGUUAAGCCAGUGCUGAGCGAUGAGAGCGACUGUCAGAUCGUGGAUGUGGUGACCAGUAGUACACCGGCGGCGGUCAGAGUUAGCAAACCUAAGGCCACAGUUAAUGGCCACACCUCUGGAACCAAUGGCCACCAGCGCUCACCGCCGAGUGCUGCGAGCGGUGACAGUGUGGCCGCCGAUGGCGACGAAGAACAAGAAUCGGACGAAGAAUUGAUCGCAAGUAAUGAUAACAAUACGUGAGUUGUGUUUCGCAUGAAUUGUGUAAAACCAAUCAAUACUGAGGCGAACGACACAAGAGUUGCUCCAAGAGCUGAAGAAGCGCAAGAAGAGCGACAAAUGACCGCAACUAUUGCCCCAAACAAGUCCACCACCGGUGCCGCCGAUGAGCCGUUGAUUGCUGAUAAAUCAGUGCCAAAGCCAUCGUUAAUGCCUUCACCCUCACCACCAUCUGUGCCCUCCCGGCCGUUGUCCGCACUGAACAAACAGUUCCAGUGCUGUGUCUGCGACCACUUGUGUGAUAAUAAACGCGAGAUUAAGACUCACCGAUGUUAA